AUGAAGCUAGCCCUGGUAGCCCUGUGGGCUACAAUGUCGCUGGUGGAGGGCUACAGGAUCCUGUGCGUGUUCCCUGUUCCAUCUCCAAGCCAUAACAUCCUGGGGAGAGGCAUUGUGGACGCCCUGCUGCAAGCGGGGCACCAGGUUUGGUGGGCGACGCCAUAUCCUGAGAUGCAGCGGCCGGCAGCCAACUUGACCGUCAUCGACGUCAGCGCAACUAAGAAGGUGUUUGAAAAUCUCAAUAUGACCAGCCCUCAGCCGGUUCACGAAAUGCCAUUCCUCGCUGCCGACAUAGCGGCCAUCGCGGCAGCAGCGCCGGAGAUACAGCGAGCGAUGCUGAUGGUGGACUUCCACGCCGUGGUCACGGAGUGGUUCGCAUCGGAUUUACCUGCUGGCUACGCAGCAGUCCAACAGGCGCCGUGGAUUAUGCUGAGCAGCGUGGUGGCACACACGUGCCUGGAGAUGCUGGUGGAUGACGUGACCAGCACGGCGCUCGUGCCCACCAUGCUGACGCGGGCGCCGCUGCCCAUGGGGUUCUUCCAACGGGUGGCCAACAGCCUAAUCGUGGGGGCGAUGAAGAUCGCGAGUUGGGCAAUGCGAGUAUACUCUUCAAAGCAGUACGCGGAUCUCUUUACCCCGCUGGCGGCCGCGCGCGGCUCAUUGCUGCCGCCGCUUUCCGAAGUGUACAACAACGUGUCUAUCCUCCUUGUCAACUCACACCCUGUGCUGGCUCCUGCUCAGAGCUUCCCACCCAAUGUGGUUGAUAUAGCAGGGUACCAUAUAAAAGAAAAUACUUCGCUUCCUGAGGCCCUACAAAGGCUUCUAGACUCCUCGUCCCAAGGCUUUGUUUAUUUUAGCCUGGGUUCCGUAGUACAGGUAUCUGAACUACCAGUGGGCCUGAAGACUGAGCUCGCCCAGAUGUUUGGGGAGCUGCCGUACACAGUGCUAUGGAGAAGUGAUGAGGAGCUGCAGAACCUGCCGAAGACCGUGCAUGUGAGGAAGUGGUUCCCCCAGCCUGGGAUAUUGGCGCACCGCAACAUAAAGUUGUUCAUCACGCACGCGGGCCUGCUGUCCAUCAUCGAAGCUGUCCACCACGGUGUGCCAAUACUGGCUGUGCCGGUUUUUGGAGACCAGCCCAUGAACGCAGCAAGAGCUGUCGCUGCCGGCUUCGCAGGCAAAGUCGACUUUCAUAUCGGAAUGGCGAGCGAACUGCGAAGUGGGCUUGACGAAAUGGUGGGAAAUGGAAGUUAUUAUAAGACUGCGAAGCACCUGUCAAAGCUGUUCCACAGACGACCAGUGCCGCCGUCCGAGCUGAUACCUCACUAUGUGGAACUGGCCAUAGAGUCUCAAGGUGCCUACCACCUGCGGUCGGCGGCGCGCCACUACCCCUGGUACGCGCGCGCUCGGAUAGACCAGCUUCUGUUCUGCGCUGCGCUUUUCUACGGCCUCUACAUUGCGAGUCGGAUCGUGGUACGACAGCUGCGGACACACAAGCGGAAAGCUGAAUAAAACUAUACAAUCAUGUUCAUCUAUUUUGAUU